AUGGCUGCAACACCAAAAGAAGGGUUUCAGUUAUUUGUAACUACAGUUAUUGUACAAGAAAUUGUGAACUGUACUAAUUUAGAGGGCAAACGUGUUUAUGGAGCAAAAGGAAAACCAUGGAAAGAUGUAACUGUUGAUGAAUUUCUUGCAUUCUGUGGUUUACUUAUUCAUGCGGGAGUUGAUAGAAGCUGGUAUGUUCCUGCGAGAGAAUUAUUUUGUGAUGAAUUUGCCAAUCCUGUAUACCGAGCUACAAUGUCCAUAUUUCUCUUUGAAGAAAUACGAAGAUUCGUCAGAGUUGACGACAAGAGAACCCGGAAUGCGCGUUUGGAAACCGAUAAGUUAGCAAUGGUGUCCUACAUUUGGGAUUUAUUCAUUCAGCAAUGCAAAACCUGCGUCAUACCUGAUACUAAUGUAACUAUUGAUGAACAACUCGUUAGGUUUAGAGGUAGAUGCACAUUCGUUCAAUAUAUGCCAAGUAAACCGGACAAAUAUGGACUUAAAAUAUUUCGGAUGUGUGAAUCUACGUCUGGUUAUGCUUUGGAUGGUUUAGUUUAUGUUUGUCGCCAGCCCGGAGAACCUCCACAUAAAAACCUGGGGCUUUAA